UGGAGCUGCACCACAGAGAAUAUUUCCACUUUUAACGACAAAUAUGACUGAAAAUUGCUCCAUGCCUUUUCAUUCCUGGAUGUAUGAUGCUCUACGGGCUUAUUUAGAGUAGUUUUUGUUUUUAUUUGUGAGUUUUAUUUAUUUUUAGCGGCAGGUGAGCAUGAGUGUCAUUUUGCGAGGAUCGCCGAGGUGCCAGCGGGAGUGAGUUGGGCAAUAUGCGCCGCUGGGAGAUGAUUUCUACCCGACAGGCUUAUGGAAUAUAGCCCGGUUUGUCACAGCCUGUAUGCCCCCUGGUCCAGCCCCGCGAAGAAGAAACUACUUCUCCUCAGCAUCAUGUUUUUCAUCUGGGUUUACAUGCUGUACUCCUGCGUGGGCUACUGCUCCACCAUGCCAAGUUUGGUGGUGGACGGUUACCGGGGCAAGGAGACAGGUUCCGGGCUGGGUAAGAGGACAGAGGGCGGCAGGACGGAGCUGGUGUCCCGGCUGCUGGGUAAACCGCAGCCGUGGGAGGAUGUAGAGAGCGACUACGAGGAACCGUCCAUCAGGACCGCCGCGUCCAGGGACCUGCUCAAUAACGAGCUGGACACGGACUGGGACGAGAUGCGGGAAGAGCUGCGGGGAGAGCAGCAGAGAGCUCCGGAGCCAAGCGCCAUGUCGAGCUUCUCCAACGGCUCCGGGAGCAAGAAGCUGCCGCAGGCGAUCAUCAUCGGGGUGAAGAAAGGAGGGACCCGGGCCCUGCUGGAGUUUCUCCGGGUUCAUCCGGACAUCAGAGCCGUUGGAGCGGAACCGCACUUCUUCGACAGAAAUUAUGACAACGGACUGGAGUGGUACAGGGAUCUGAUGCCCAAGACUCUGGAGGGCCAGAUCACCAUGGAGAAAACUCCCAGCUACUUUGUGACCAGGGAGGCUCCGGCCAGGAUCUCCGCCAUGUCCAGGGACACCAAACUGAUCGUGGUCGUGAGGGACCCGGUCACCAGAGCUAUCUCGGACUACACUCAGACUCUGUCCAAGAAGCCUGACAUUCCCUCUUUUGAGAGCCUCACCUUCAAAAACAGGACUACAGGGCUCAUCGACACCUCAUGGAGCGCCAUCCAGAUCGGCAUCUACGCCAAGCACCUGGACAACUGGCUGCAGUACUUCCCAAUGGACCAGAUUUUGUUUGUGAGCGGCGAGCGCCUCAUAAGCGACCCGGCUGGAGAGCUGGGCCGCGUUCAGGACUUCUUAGGGCUCAAGAGGAUCAUCACGGACAAACACUUUUACUUCAACCAGACCAAGGGUUUCCCAUGCCUGAAGAAGGCCGAAGGCAGCAGUAAGCCUCACUGCCUGGGCAAAACCAAAGGGCGGACCCACCCGAACAUUGACCCUGAGGUGGUGCAGAGGCUACGGGACUUCUACAGACCCUUUAACAUGAAGUUCUACCAGAUGACGGGACAUAACUUUGGUUGGGAUUGAUGUGAAAUCACUAAAGACUUCUUUUGGAGUUUUUUUUUUCUUCUGUGAUUUAAUGGCAAGAUGUGGAGAUAUUGCUAUAUAUAUGUAAAAUGUACAGAAAUCUAUUUUAUAAUAAUUUAUUUUUAUUUCUAAGCAAUUAAUUCACUAAGCUGCCUAACCAUAUUUGUACAUAACAUCCGGCCCACAUGUUUUUAACAUUCCUCAUUUUUAUUUUGAUCUCUCUCGCUCCUCCCUUGUGGUCCUGUAAACUCAGCGGAUUUAUCGGUGCUUCGUAUGCAGAUAAUCAAGAGAUGACUGAAGAUAUAGGGGUGGAAAAUGAAAAAAAGCACCAUAUUACGGGUACAGAGUGCUCACAGAGAAGUGGAGAAUACCUUCCUCAUUUCAUCAUCCUUUUUAAUCCUUGUCAUACUCUCUCUGCGUUUCACUACAGCACAAAUUUUCAGUUAACUUUCCCACAAUCCAAUUUUCUGACACUUGCAUAGGCUUACGGAUCUUAUGUCCCUUUCCACUCAAUAACAGCUUGAUCAAUAGGUCUAAUUGAUCCUCAUUGUGUCACUCAUGCUUAAAGUAUACAGCUGCCCUUUCAUUCUCAGAGCUCCUGCUGCCUGCUCUAAUGAAUGGCCCAUCCAUCAAGCGGUAAAUCCCAUCUCGGACUGCAUAAGGGCCCAUGUUAACAUUAUGCUAAUCGGGUAAAGGUAACGGGCAGAUCGAUCGAGCCUCCCGCUCUCUAACUCCCCAUUAGGAGCAGCGUUGGCUGAGAGCCCAGCUCCUGCCCUAUCCACUCAGUUCAUAGGUCACACAAAGUCUCAAUCAAAUUUCCUUGAGAGGCAUUUGAUUUGUUGAGCAGAGCAGGAGAAGGCGGGGAGCGGGUGCCUUGUUUUCAUGGUAAAAUCUUAGCGUGAGGUAGCAAAGGCAUAUCUGUCAGAGCAUAAAGAUCGAAAAGAUGACAGACAACAGAAGCAAGGCGUCGCCUCAUUGAAAUAGCUCCUCUUCAAACAGACACCACUUCUUAGAUCCCAGAGUAAAGAGAUCAAAGGAACAGGAAAGGUUUUUGUGAAGCGCUCUCAGCAUGGCAAGAUUAGCCUCAGGCCGGGUUUUAGAGUCUCCGGUGAUCGUCAGAACCUCAUGUGCCAUCGUCCAUGGCCGAUAUACUUUAUGCCUUAUUCACUCUUGUCAUUUUCAUACAUCUCAUCUCUCCUCAGCAGAUCUCUACUCUCUACUUGUUGCCAAAAAAACAAACCCUUUGGGUUGCUAUCAUCUUUCACACAGCUUGAAUCUCUGUCCCCGCUCUUUCCCCCUGUAAUGCUUCUUUGUUUUCGUCUUUCUACUUGAAUUCUUGAUAUGCAAGAGGGAGAUAAAGCGUGGCUAUCAUUCUUUGACGUGCUGCCUCGUCUCUCUGCAGCGGGUGGCGUGUUGUAAUAAGGGCAUAGGAAGGUGUCCAUGCUGUGCUGCGCUGCGCUAUGCUAUGCAUGCUCAAUGCGGUGGCCAUUAAGAAAACGCAGGGAUAAUAUAGAAGGAUUAUUAAGGCUCAUUUAUGCUCUGUGGUAAUGUCAUCCGUAUUUCAGCAGGUUAUCUGGAAGCGUACAGAUGUGGACCAAAUAUUGCUGAGUUUAAGCCUAACCAGCAAAACAGAAUUAAGAAGGGUACUUUGGAAAAUGUUUGAGUCUUUUUGAGUAAAGAUUACACAAGAACUCUUUAUCUGCAAGGAGUCUUUUAUACCUUAAACAGCCAGCAGGUAAAAUUUAUCUUUUCACAGAGGGAGUACUUAAACAGCAAAACUUCUAUUGUUUAUCUACUGGGGUGAAAUAAAACAGAGAAAAAAUUGUGUUUUCUGAUGGGGUAAAUUUUACCUGCAUGGCAGUUCCAGGUAUAAAUGUCCAUUUUAAAAUCUGUAUAUUUUUUUGAAAACAGUUUUUUAACAACAACAGGUGACUCUAAAAGUUUUAUCACUAUGAAGUUAGACAGUUAUGAAACACUCCUGGGUAAAUUUUACCCAGUGGCGCUUCUAGGGUUAAACAUGUUCAUGGCAUUAGCUUGGCCAGGCAUGAGGUCAAAUGGCAACAAAUUGGCUACACAGAGAUUAGAUAAUUGUCAGUCAGAUGGCAGAAAAGGAAACCACAACCUUUAAUGGAUGCAAGUUUUAACAUCCACUUCAGCAUGAGAAUGUUUGGCUAAUGAUGGCUGAAUCAUUAAAGACAUAAGGAUCUACUUUCUUGCAUAAAAGGAGCAUAAAUGAGCCUUAAGCAUCCAGAGGAGGGCUUCAGACUGAAUGUACACAACCGAUCCUCACAACAGAAGUCCCUCCUAUCUUUAUUUCAAGAUCAGAUUGUCGCAUUAAAAAGUUAAAAUUUGAUUGUCCCUGUUUUCUUUGGAAAAUUUUGUGCCUCUUUAACUUUCCAAUCCAACACAGUUAGCCUGCUUUUGUCUUUAUAACAGAUAAUCACUCUAAUUUUACUGUUUGUGUUCUUUUCCAGUUAAAACCAGCUGUCUGGUUUAGCCUCAAACCAAUGGUUGUUAGCAGGGGAGAUGGAGGCUUGUUACACUGUAUUUCUAUGACUUUUUGGGGCCUAUGCGAUGAUACUCCUUAUGAGAGUUUAUGUACGUGGAGAAAGCCUUCAUCCCCCCUCCUCUCCUUAGUGCAAUGUGUGAUUUUAACAAAGCAUUUAUGAUGACCUCUCAUAGCAAGGCGUCACACUCUGGAAGGAAAAGUCUGUCUUUUUUCCCUGUAACUGAUGGAGAAACUGCAUUUGAAUUCUGUUAGAGUUCACGUUACUGAGGGGAUGUCUGACAUUUAAAGAAAACAACUGGCACCCAUGGGUCAACUCCAUGCAGCCACAUUGGUUUUAUGGUUGAGUUUUAUUCAACCAGUUUUGAAAUCUAAAAAAUGUUAGAAAUGUUUGUCUUACCCACAUUAUAAUAUGUAUUUAGACUAGCAGAUCUGUAUGUACAAAGAUGAAAAAAGAAAUGUAAAUCAAGUAUUUUGUGGUAUGUACAUCAAAGGAAUUAAUUUUACACAAUGCAAAGGAGAAAAUGGAACAGAUGUUUCUAGAUGAUUAAAUACUGAACAUUCAUAAGAUUUCUUUGUAUGAAGAAAUAAAUAAAAAGUAUAUA